GGCUGAUUGGGUGUCUUAAAACAUGUUAGGAAAACCACAUAAAUCCGAAGAAUUCUUCUUGUUUCUCCGUGGUGUUGGACUACUGCUAUAGUAAUGGUGUUGUUACCGAGGCCAUCGACCAUCGUCCUACUUAUUAGCGCCAUUUUUCAUAUCCUACACAGUCUAACGGAUGGUAAACUCGUCAUCAAUGCUUGUGUUGAUUCAUUAGAGAGUGACGACUACACAGAAUUGUACGGUGAUCGAACUCGUUUUGAUUUCAAUUGCACCAGGCCUCCUUUAUUUAAAGCUCUAUUGCCAACGUUUUUACGGUCAAUGUUUCACGGCGGUCAAACUACGGGGGAACCAGCGACCUCAGAGGGAUGCACAACAGAAAAACCUACACAGAGUGAACAGUUAACAACAACAGAGGAGUCUACCGUGACCACAGAAAUGCAAACAACUACACAAAUGAUUACAACAACAGACACGUCCACUAUCGCAGAAAAUACUCCACCAAAAACGGAGUCGUCGGAAGAGUGGGAAGAGUCGGAAGAUGCGGAAAUAACCUCAGAUGAAAUUGCAGCGACGGAUAAGUCGUCUGAAAUAUCUGAAAGCACAGAAGAUUCUUCCACGGUAGAAGAUUUCAAGAUUGCCUUGGAGGAACAAAUACUGGAUAUAACGACUAAUGCAGAAGAAACUAUUGCACUGGUAACACAGUCAAUGGAUGAAAAUACAACCAUGGAAACACCUGGAACCACGGAAAAGUUUACUACGCUGGAAAAACAUACCGAUAGCCCUACAUCUUCGGAUGAAACUUCAACCAUUUCUUGGGGACAAUUUAACACACAAGAGCCUACCACACAAGGAACUCCAGCCAAGGAAGAGCGAACCACCGCCGGUAAAACAACAUCUACGGAAACAUCAACGACUACAAAGUCAACGAUGAUGCCAACUGGUGAACCCAUCACAAAAAUGCUGCCAACUAUUUCGUUGGAAAUCGUACCAGAACUCAAGGCCGAUGACAGAGUCAACAUGAAGGCCAUACCGGCCGUGGUUGGUUCGAUUGCUGGCAUUGCAGUCAUCAUCGUCGUUGUUUUAGUUGUGCGGUUCCGUGAAAGUUGCCGAAGGCGUCUUGGACAAUACCUUUCAAGUCCUUAACCCGAAGACAAUGUAAGUUCCAAUAAUCCAAUCGGUAACAAUUGUAAAAUACAUUUACAUCCCCAUCAAUGUAACGACUAUCUGUGUCCAUAAUACUACACAAUGGUAACCCACGCAACAGAUCACCACAAGACAGAAUAAUAAUAAAUUACAUUUAUAUAGCGCAUAAUAUGAAUUAACAUCUCUAUGCGCUUCCAUCCCCAUCAAUGUAAGGGAUGGCCCCAAUAUUUGUCUUGGCAUUCAAGCUGAGGCAUCAAUAUAGGUACAUGUACAUGUACAUGGUUUGCUGUAACUUCAUGUCAGUGUAUCCACUUUUCUGUGUAGAUUUGUCUUGCUAUUAUGUCUACUACUGCACAGUAAAAUUUGGAAAUCCUCCAUCCAACUCAUAUUCCGAAUAUCUACUCCAUGGUUGUGGAAUAGUGGCAAGCCAAAUUGCAACAAGAACAAUCUAUUAAUUUUGUUUUUUUACCCAUACACAUGUGUUAGCACUGUAUACUCAGUAUCUCCCCGAGUCCUGUGAAAAAUAUAUCACAGGCACAUUAUUUGGGUGGGAUUAGAACCUCUGACAUUUGCAAUUCUAGAACAAUCUACAGAAGCUUACACUUGUUAUGUUGUUUUUUUGUGUGCAGGGAACGUAACCAAGAUGGCGGCAUCAUCUGGGUCCCCGAAGAGUACAUGGACAAUAAGAAGAUAGUUUGCAACAAGAACCAGGCUAUAUGAAGUGAACACAAAGACUUAGUUCAAAUUUUCUCGUUAAAAUGGUUGCAAAUUUUAUAUCAAGGUUGUUAUUGACACAUGCUGCUAAACUAUUCAGUGUUAAACAUCAAUUGUGAACAAAUAUUUUAAGAAAAUAAUUGAGUGAAAAAGACAAAUACAAUACAGUACAGGCAAACUAUAGCGGACAACAGAAUAAAAAAAAAUGCAAAUUAUAGUUUUCACAAACGUAUAAGUACACUUUUAUUGCAAGUUUCAUAUUCUUCAGAUGACUUUGUGAAAAAAGUUAGUUUACAAUCUACAUGUGGAAAGUCCAACACCCUUUUGUGAAAUCGAAAUAGACAUGAUUGACUACAUAAUAUUACGUAAGUUUUGCUGUACAACGAUAUGCAAAUAUUCCAAGCACAAUCCGUGUUCAUGUGAGCAAAAUAAGUUAUUAUAGUAAAUAAUAGAAUGUCAGACAGUGUUAUAACCAAAGACAAAAUUAUAUACUACAUCUCAAUUUCACUUUUUGUGUUUUACUGAAUGCCACCAACCUUCGAAAAAUAACCAACUGCGUAGUACACAGGCUGUGCAUAUUUAAAUUUUAAAAACAGAAGGCGAGUGUGAAUUUUAAUGGGAAGAAAUUUGUAAAAUAAAUUAGAAUGAAAAAUAAUGCUGAAAUAACUGAUUCUAUGUUAGAAAUAAAAAGUAUUAUAGACAUGA